UCAAGAGAUCUCAACUGCAGUCUCCGGGUGCCCUCACACACCGCAAUGCUCUCCUUCCUGGUCUUUGCUGUGCUCUGCACCAGCUGCCUGGCAAACCCUGCCUUGGUGUACUACUCCUUCUCUGCUGCUGUUGGAGGGGGUUCCGGCACUUCCUUCUCCACAUAUGGAGAGGGAAGGAUCACAGGGGUCAGGCUCUGGGAGGUUACCAGCGCUUACAUCACUGGUAUCCAGCUGCGCUACGAAAACAGCUGGACUGCAAUCGCUGGUCGCGCAUAUGGCGACGUGCUUGAGCUGACACUCUUUGAUGACGAGGUCAUUGUUCAGGUCUCUGGUAAAUACUACAUCAGCAACUACAUCUAUCAGCUGAUGUUCGUAACCUCCAAAGGACGCUUUCUGAUCGCCGGCCAGCCAACACAGAAAUCCUUUAACUUCUACCCGAUCCACUCUGAAUCGGAGCUCAGAAUGCUGAGUGGCCGCACCAAUUCCGCUGGGAUUACUGCACUGGCAGCUCACUGGGGGACGAUCUACGUGGGUGAAGGCAACAGCACCGAUCUUAGCACAUAAGGAGCAACUGAAAUAAUGCGUGCUUCUUAAUUACUGCAACACGUAUUGUCAUGCAUACGUGCACUGCAAUAUUAUACCACUUUUUGUAUCCCUUUGGUAAAUUGUUUCUGUCAUGGAACAAGGGUUUAUUAACAAUGACAGAAAAAAAUCAGUGAUGGCUGCUAAAGAUAAACUUUGUCUGUUAGCUUUUGUGGUGCAGUUAAAUAUGUAGGAUCUACUAAACAUGUACAUUGACAUGUCAAACCAUGUUCUUUUUCAUCUAUCAAAUGAAGGGGAUUUAUUUUCGCAUCUGCAGCAAUGAAGGAAACAAAGCAAUGAUUUAUCACACUUUAUCAAAAUCAGAUAUAUUCUGAGGAUACCAAGAGAUUAUGCAAAUGUCUACAUGAUUUUUCUUUCUGAAUGUUUUUAAUGGUUGUAGAAAUGUUCACUCUGAGACAUAUUAAAUUCUCUGGCA